GUGUUUACUUAGAUAAGAUUUUGUUUUAUUGAAUGUAUAUACUCCAAUCUUUCUUCUCGACCAACUCGAAAGAGAAUCCAUUAUUUGUAACAAUCUCAUGCAAUAUGAAAGUGUUUGGAUUCGUAUGGAAAUAUCUACCAACAGAGCUUACUAUUUUGUAUUUUAAACAAAAAGACGAAGGAAAAGAAAUGUGUUCAAACUCUAUGGGUGUGGUGAAGGAUAAAAGAUUGUAGAAAUGGCAUAUGCUUUGAGAACCAUGAGAUCUCAAAAGGGAAAUAUAACAAAGGAUACUGCCGCAUAUUCCUUCCCCACCCCGAUCCCAAUGCCUGCAGCAACUCCACCACUUGAUUUUAGAGUUCUUUUUUCUUUUCUUUUUUGUUUCAUGAGAUGGGUAUCUGUUGUAUUUCAACAUCAACAGAACAUUUGACUUGGUAUUGAUUCUGUAUAAUCCGUUAAUGUGCAAAUUCGUAGCUUAAACAGUGUGUUUGCAACAACUCGUAGAAGGCUCUCCAAAGUUCUGAACAUCACAACGAUUCAAAUUCCAGAGAAUUCUCUGCUCCAUUUCGUCCUUUUUCUACUUGAAAUGCUCAUUGAACUCAGAAAUCAGAACCCCUUCUUAUGGAAACUGUCAGUGUAGGACUUAUAUCGAUUCCCUUCAUCUUCAACGGCUCCCCUCAACGAACUAGGCCUUGCUCUACCAACUUCUUGUCUUCUGGGUUUCUUCAAUCCAAAAAGCUUCGAAGAUUUCCCCACAAUUUUUCUUGUAUUAAUCGUCCAACUACUAGAAACCAGAAAUACGAAGGGGGUGAUCGCAGUUUUAGUUCGAAUCUUUUCUGGGUCUUGGUUCCGGUUUUGCAAAGUAUCAAAGGAGUUAUCUUGUCCAAAACCCACAAAGCUCAGAGUGUUUCAGAGGGAUUUGUGAAUGGGGGAUUGAAUGGAAAUUACUUACAAAGCGGGAGUGUCGGGACUGCUUUGUUGAGUAUAACUGCGACCGCGAAGCAUCGGAUUAGUCCGUUCGUUGCUACAUUGGCAACGAAUCCGACGUUUGUUUCGGGAUUGUUUGCGUGGUUCUUUGCACAAUCGACGAAGGUUUUGUUGAACUUUUUCGUAGAAAGGAAAUGGGAUUUGAAAAUAAUGUUUGCUUGUGGUGGGAUGCCUUCGUCUCACUCUGCAUUGUGCACAGCUUUGACGACUUCAGUGGCUCUUUGUCAUGGCGUAGCGGACUCUCUUUUUCCUGUCUGCUUGGGCUUUAGUCUUAUUGUCAUGUAUGAUGCAAUUGGUGUUCGUCGACAUGCCGGCAUGCAAGCUGAGGUUCUUAAUCUUAUCGUUGAGGACUUGUUUGAAGGACAUCCCAUAAGCAAAAGAAAGCUGAAAGAGCUGCUUGGCCACACGCCAUCGCAGGUCCUUGCUGGUGCUCUUCUAGGCAUUGCAGUUGCUUGGUUCUUUUGCCAGGGUUCCAUGAUACCAUGUUGAAUUAACUUCCAAAAAAUACUUCUAUUAUUUUACCGGUUACAAUAUUAUUCUUGACAACUUUUUAAAACUACCAUUGGAGUUGGAAUCUUUUGGAAUAUUAGAUGGAAGAUGCUUGUUAGUUUGAGUUUCGUCCAACAAAUUUAACGUUCUUCUAUUUUAAUGGUAGUUUUGAAACGGUCUUGUAAUGUUUAAGAUAAUAAUUAAAUUAAGAGAAUAACAAUAACUCAUUAUUCUCAUGA